UGUCAAUUCGGAUCUUCCUGUUUCUACGCACAUGUCUAUCGUGAUGGAACAAAAGAAAAACGUCAUAUUCGUACAAUUCAAAAUGGUGAACAAGUUAAAAUUCUAGACAACGUUCGUUUAUGGGAUUUCAUGGAAGAUUUUGACAAUAAACGUGGAGCCGCGAUUGCAGCUAACGGUGGCGUUAACAAUGAUACUGAAAAUUUUAUCAAUUCCCCUAUGAUCAUUUCCAACCUGUCUGUCUACUCACCUGCAUUCAUCCCAUCUGGUGAAGGUCUAUCAGGAAAUUCAUAG